GUUAGCACCAAGAAUGAUGCUGAUGGAUCUGGCAAAGAGAAGGAAUUUAAGAAGCCAGAUACGGUUUUGCCCUGUGCUCGCUGCAACAGCAUGAGGACAAAGUUUUGCUACUUCAACAAUUACAACGCGAACCAGCCCAGGCACUACUGCAAGGACUGCAAGAGGUACUGGACUGACGGGGGAACUCUGAGGGAUGUCCCUGUAGGCUCUGCCAGGCGCAAGAACAGAUCUGAUGCUAAUGGAGAUGUUGCUGGCACAUCUCGCCGCCGAUCUCGUGUGUUCAAGCCACUUGCCAUUCCAGGUCCAGCAGCUGAAGAGAGUGGAGCAGCCACAACUUCUGGAUCAGAAAUGGUGCUUGGCAAGCCUUUGUGUCCAGCACAUAACACUGAAGAGCAGAAGAACAACACCGAUCUUGUUGGCCCUGGCGACAAUAAGGAAGAAAAAUCUUGUCUAUCAUCUGCGGUGGCGCCAUCUGGGUCCUCGGAUAAUUCUGGUUCGAACAGUGCUGCUGUUACGGCAUCUACUCAGUCCUCAACAGAUGGUACUCAGGAGUUGGUAAACAGUGGGGUCAGUCGUCUUCUACUGAUGCCAACAACGAUGCCAGGCCCAGGAAUUCGAGCACCUGCUGUUACCUUCCCUCAAGUGCCAUUUUAUUGGAGCUGCAUUCCUGGCUGGCCUAAUGGAGCAUCGAGUGUGCCAUGGCCUGGAAGUAGUGGCACCACAUUGCCCCCUGUUCCUGCCUGCUCAGGUUCUUUGGCUUUAGGGAAGCAUCCAAGGGAAGAAGAAGAGGCAGAGAAGACAUUCUGGGUCCCUAAAGCGCUCAGAGUCACUGACCCCGAGGAGGCUGCAAAGAGUACAAUCUGGGCCUCUCUAGGUAUCAAGCCUGAUGAGAGGAUCUUACAGUCAAAGGAUGAAAAUGGCAAGACACCAGAAUCUCCGGCGGCGUGUUCCAUCUCCUGCUCUCUGACAUUUCAGAAUAGGACCUGA